AUGUUUCUCAUUACAUAGCUUAUUUUAAGAAGAAAACCAACUGGAAAAAAAAUGAAGUUCCUUCUCUUCAUAUUUAUUGGUGGUGUUCACCUUUUAUCUCUGAACUCUGGGAAAGCUAUUUAUGGAAAUGGCAACCAUCAGAGGACUUUUCAAGAAAUAAAAGAAGAAAUAGCCUGCUAUGGAGAUGUUGCUAAGGCAAUCAUCAACCUUGCUGUUUAUGGUAAAGCCCAGAACAGAUCCUAUGAGAGACUGGCACUUCUGGUUGAUACAGUUGGACCCAGACCAAGUGGCUCCAAGAACCUAGAAAAAGCCAUCCAAAUCAUGCACCAAAACCUACAGGAGGAUGGGCUGGAGAAUGUCCACCUGGAGCCUGUCAAAAUACCCCACUGGGAAAGGGGAGAAGAAUCUGCUGUGAUGCUGGAGCCGAGAGAGCACAAGAUGGCUAUUUUGGGUCUUGGCAGCAGCAUUGGGACGCCCCCGGAAGGGAUUACAGCAGAAGUUCUGGUGGUGACCUCUUUCGAUGAACUGCAGAGAAGGGCCCCAGAAGCAAGAGGGAAGAUUGUCGUUUAUAAUCAACCUUACAGCAACUACUCGAGAACAGUGCAGUACCGCGUCCAGGGGGCUGUGGAGGCUGCCAAAGUGGGGGCUUUGGCAUCCCUCAUUCGAUCAGUGGCUUCCUUCUCCAUCUACAGUCCUCACACAGGCAUUCAGGAAUACCAGGAUGGCGUGCCAAAGAUCCCAACAGCUUGUAUUACAGUGGAAGAUGCGGAGAUGAUGUCAAGAAUGGCUUCUCGUGGGAACAGAAUUGUCAUUCACCUGAAGAUGGGAGCAAGGAACUACCCAGACGCUGAUUCCUUCAACACCGUAGCAGAGAUCAUUGGGAGCAAGUAUCCAGAGCAGGUCGUACUGGUCAGUGGACAUCUGGACAGCUGGGAUGUCGGGCAGGGUGCCAUGGAUGAUGGUGGUGGAGCCUUUAUAUCAUGGGAAGCACUCUCGCUUAUUAAAGAUCUUGGGCUGCGUCCAAAGAGGACUCUGCGUUUGGUGCUCUGGACUGCAGAAGAGCAAGGUGGAAUUGGUGCUUUCCAGUAUUACCAAUUACACAAGGCAAAUAUUUCCAACUACAGCCUCGUGAUGGAGUCUGACCUGGGAACCUUCUUACCCUCUGGGCUGCAGUUCACGGGCAGUGAAAAGGCCAGGGCCAUCAUGGAGGAGAUCAUGAACCUGCUACGGCCCAUCAACAUCACACAGGUCUUUGAGGCUGGAGAAGGGACAGACAUUAACUUCUGGAUCCAAGCUGGAGUGCCUGGAGCCAGUCUACUUGAUGACCUGUAUAAGUAUUUCUCUUUCCAUCACUCCCAUGGAGACACCAUGACUGUCAUGGAUCCAAAGCAGAUGAACGUUGCUGCCGCUGUUUGGGCUGUUGUCUCUUACGUCGUUGCAGACAUGGAAGAAAUGCUGCCCAGGUCUUAGCAAGUACAAGAGAGAGGGCACUUUUGUCCUUUCUGGCCAGGAAUCCUGGGUCUGCACCUUCAGGAAGCCUCUCUUCACCUAACAAUGUUAUGUGAUCAUUUACAAAGCACGACGCUUUUUUAUACUUUGUGAUAUCAUCCUUCUUGAUGCCUUCCGAAUUCUCUGUUUCUAGUCUAGGGAAUGAUCCCCACCCCCACAUGGAAUCAGCAUAUAGUAAGGAUCACAGCAGGGGCAUGUCUUCAUACCACAUAAAAAUAUUAUUUCCACUUUUAAAGUAAAUACUAAAGUAAAUCUUUGGAAGAUCUCUGGCUUUUAUGCAUGUAUUUGUGAACAUUAAAUCAAAUACAGUGACACCAAA